AUGUCAUCGUCGCUGGGGGUUUGGGAUAGCGAAGACAUUGAGCAGUCUAGGGUCCGGAAUCGCGACUUCCCUGGCGGCCCUUACAUUCGAGGGACUCUUCUAGGUCAAGGCGGCUUCGCCUGCGUUUACAAGGUUCUUCGGCAACGCGAUGGAGGCGUGUUUGCCGGCAAGACCUCUCCUAAUGCAGUGAAUAACCUCCGCAGGGAGGCUUCCGUGCUCCGAAAUCUGAACCACGAACACAUCGUCAAGUACAUUGACUAUUACGAGGACGCAGACUAUCCCUCCGCAAAUGUCCUCGUACUGGAGCUUUGCCCACAUGGCAACCUGCAAACACUCAUCAACGACUACACAUAUGGCGUACCACAGAAGAAGACGCUGGAAGUGAUGCUUCAACUCUCACGGGCUCUUCGAUACCUCCACGGACAGGGUCGUUACCACGGAGACUUUAAACCGCGAAAUGUCCUAGUUCGAUCGUGGGAUCCUGUCAACGUGGCCAUGGCCGACUGCGCGGAUUCAUACUGGUCGCCGUACGUCUUUCGACACAACCGACACGCAGGGACUAGCGACGACAUCUGGGCCCUGGGCGUCUCCCUGCUCGCCAUGAUGUCGCAGUCUCCUAGAUUCGUCAAGAAGGAGGAGCGCAUGUAUCCCCGACAAUGCCACACACACGCCCAGAACCUGCUGGAUCUGAACCCGGAUCAUGACAUUGUCGGGCUCGCGAGUCGCAUGCUGGAAUGGAAUCCCAAGGCUCGAGUGACAGCAGCGGAGCUUGUCGAGGUCAUCCCCGACAUGCUCGACAAGGUCGAACGACAAGAAUAUGAGACAGGGAUGGCAAAGAGGAUGGAACUCAAGAUUCCAGAGGGUUUUGAGCCCAUCGUUUUCUGGUAA